UUUGGUCAAUUUCCGGUGCCUCGGCAUCUUCAGUCAUUGCCUCCCACUUCAGCCACCACGUACGCAGUACGCUCAGCCGCAUUGCAGUGACUCACCGACAAUAGGAGUUUCGUUCUCCAUCCAAUCAUCGAUCACCUUCGACAACACUGCCUACUCUCCUGAGUCUUGUCGCUCUAUUAUAUGCUCUGGUAUCGUUGAAAAUGCAGUGUCCCUCUCGCUCCUUAGUCUGUUCCAAAGGUUUCCCCUCCAACCCCCCCACGACGCACGCCAAAUCUCCAUUGGAACCUUUGCCAAUAUAGCGAGGUACUGUCAGCACAGUGACCUCCCUCAGAUGCCCUCACUCGGCAAGCCUCCGUCCGUCAUGUGGUCGAACAACGUCGUCGAGUCGUUCGGCCCGCAUCCGGCUCGGAUAGCGCUAGCUCGUGAGAGUAACGUUUUGCCCACAACCGCGAUGGGUCCACCGACGCAGCAACGAAAGAGAAAAGCGCCAACUCUACGCGCUGAGGCCUGGGAGCCAUACAAAGCUCGCAUCAUCGAACUACACAUUACGCGAAGCCUUCCGCUGAAGGACGUCAAGACGAUGAUGGAGGAUUUCGGCUUUAUCGCGGAAGAACGGCAGUAUCGAACACGUAUCAGCCAAUGGAGGAAGGACAAAAAUGUCAAGCCUCAAGAAAUGAAGGCAAUCGUUCGGAAACGCCAGCAGAGAAAGCUCGUUGAAGUUGACAAGAGGGGUCUCGUUUUCGAGGUGCGAGACAAUGAAGUAGAGCCACGAAAGAUAGACCGUUGGAUGAAGAGGCAUGGUAUUCCCGAGAGUCUUCCGUACGCCCCCAGCCCCGCCGCAUCCACUCCGUCCGCUGUAAUCUGUCGAACCAUUUCCGAACGCGGCACACCGGUUCCCAGUCCCUCACUCUCAACAGCAAGUCCGAUUCACUCACUAGGGGGCUUUGAUACUCCGGCUCAGAGUCCACGGGUAUGCUCGCCAGCUCUUUCCGUAUCCAGCAUAGUUCAAUUUAAAGACAGCACUCUCACCACGCAGAGUCCGAUUUCUACUUGUCGACCUCUUCCAAGCUCCGUUUCCGCUGUUGGCAUCGCUCAAGGCCCAUCGGAUAUUGCAGCAGGUUCUCUCCAGCAUCAUUACAGCCAAGGCGGGGGGGAAAGGUUAGCCGGGGGAGAUGACCAGGACAUGCUAGAUGAGAUGAGGGGUCUAGUGUCCAUCUACGGUUUGGCUUCUUUCUUUUACUGGCACCAACUGGAAGUGGGAGCAACUGGGUUAACUAAGCAGUUAUUUGGGCAGGAGUACCCAUGCACGCUAGAGGGCAUAAGCAAUGCGGUGGCGACAUACCACAAUCAAGGACGGUGGCAGGAGGCCCAAGUGCUAGGCGAGCGCAUCGUUAAGAUGAGUUCAAGGACGCUUGGCGAGGAGCAUCCAGAUACGCUAACUAUCAUGAACAAUCUGGCGGUGACAUACGCCGCAAAAGGACGGUUGAAGGAAGCUGAGGCGCUACAUAUAAGGGUGUCGGAAUCUAGGAAAGCAGUGCUUGGGGAUUUGCACCCGGACACGCUAACCAGCAUGACUAACCUGGCAUGCACACUCAAAUUGCUUGGACGCAAAGAGGAGGCCGUUUCAUUGAUGCGAAAAUGCCGCCGGCUACGGGAAAAUGUCCUUGGGCCAGAGGAUCAGGACACAAGAGAAUCGCUCGAGUUUCUCAACAAGUGGCAGGCGAAGGACGGGGAGACGGAUCUUUGAGCCGGUUUCUGGGUAUCGCACAUGCAUGUAUCUCUUUUGUGUUCUUUGCGGAAGGUACGGGCACUUUUGCUUGUCUACCAUACUCCUCUAGGCUACACCCUAAACUUGUGCAAAAGAGAGUAACUGUCCCUACGUAAGAGUAUCGAAGCAUAUCGCCACAUUCCUAGAGUGGAGCAGGAGCUCAGUAAUAGCUUGCAUUCGUCUUUCACUCACCGCAAAGAGUGGUCUCCCGUGUGACGCUUUUCACUUCGACCUAACAACACAACGAAAUACCCACACUACAACGCCACCCCGACCCCAAAACUUAUUCCGCAUCCAUGUAAGCCCCCGAACACAUCUGGCCGUCCUCUGCAUCCUCUAGUACUCCUUCCUUCACGCCCUCCUCACACCCCACGA